UUGCUAUUUCCUGCCCCACUAGUCACACCUGGAAGCAGUUAUUUUCACAUUCCCUUUAACUGCUAUUACAGCUUGGAGCCCCAACGGAACUUUUCAGAAACAAGACAGAAGCCUUUAUUUAUUUUUUUGUGCUGCUUAUCAAAAAUUUUUACCAGGAAAUAUAAAAAAACUAAUUUUUUUCAAAGUUUUCGAAAGGUAUUUAUUUCUUUUUUUUGUCUAGAUCGAGAACAACGUGAGCUAUAUGAAGCUGCAAAGAUUAUACAACAAGCAUACCGUCAAUACAGAGCUCGUAUAACAAUACGACGUCAAAAUGAAGCCAAACAAAACGCAGCAAUCGUUAUUCAAAAUUACUAUAGACGAUAUAAACAAUACUGUUACUUCAAGAAAUUACACAAAGCAGCCAUGUUGAUACAAAAACAUUUUCGAAUGCGCAAAGCUGUUCAGAAUCAAAGAGGUACGGAAGAAUCAAAGCUUUGUAGUAAUUCCCAGAUUCGGGUAAGUAUUGAGAAUUGCCAAGAAAUUAAUGCAUUUGUAAAAUCUUGGUUAGUUAGCCAAGGGCACUACUACCGGAAGCGACAACGUGCUGCUUGUAAAAUUCAAAAGUUUAUGCGUCAAAUCAAACAAAAGUUAGCUUAUCACUCUUUUCGACAGUAA